ACGAGUGGACGGUGCCGCGAGUCCGACCGCGCUUGCUCACGCGCAGUCAAUGGAGUCGAUGUGUGCUUUUGGAAAUAUAAACAUUUAUGAUAAUUCAUUGAUAGAUCGGUUAAUAACUGUUUAUAUCAGUCGUCUGUUAGCGGACUUGUGCGGUUGCUUGCGUCAGUAAGCCGCAAAUAACAGUGUUUAACACGGCGUCGAGAGACACCGCGGCCUGACGAUUAAACGUCUUUAAAAUAUUUGUAAUUAUUCUAGUUUAAUAAUUAUUCAGAUUUAUUGAAGUUUGUGAACUCAUGUAACUAUGGCAGAAGAGGGAGCGGUUGUGACGCAGCAGAUUGUGGACAGGAGUUGUUGGGUGUGUUUUGCCACAGAUGAGGAUGACCGGACGGCUGAGUGGGUACGUCCAUGCCGUUGCCGUGGUUCCACUAAGUGGGUUCAUCAGUCGUGUCUGCAGCGUUGGGUGGAUGAGAAACAGAGAGGCAACAGCACGGCACGAGUUGCCUGUCCGCAGUGCAAUGCGGAGUAUCUCAUCGUGUUUCCCAAACUCGGGCCAGUUGUAUACGUGUUGGAUCUGGCAGACAGACUGAUCUCAAAGGCCUGCCCAUUUGCUGCUGCUGGUAUCAUGGUGGGAUCCAUUUACUGGACUGCCGUCACGUACGGUGCUGUUACUGUCAUGCAGGUUGUAGGUCAUAAGGAAGGUCUGGAUGUGAUGGAACGGGCCGAUCCUCUCUUCCUUUUGAUCGGCCUGCCCACCAUCCCAGUUAUGCUCAUUCUGGGGAAGAUGAUUCGCUGGGAAGAUUACGUGCUCCGCCUGUGGAGGAAAUACUCCAAUAAGCUUCAGAUCCUCAACAGUAUCUUCCCAGGAAUUGGCUGUCCAGUGCCGAGGAUCCCGGCGGAGGCCAGUCCGCUGGCGGAUCACGUGUCGGCCACACGGAUCCUGUGCGGAGCCCUUGUGUUCCCCACCAUCGCCACCAUCGUGGGUAAACUGAUGUUCAGCAGUGUCAACUCUAAUCUUCAGAGGACCAUUCUGGGUGGCAUUGCAUUUGUGGCUAUUAAAGGGGCAUUCAAGGUUUAUUUCAAGCAGCAACAGUAUCUCCGACAAGCUCAUCGCAAGAUCCUUAAUUUUCCAGAGCUGGAAGGGCCUGAGCUCAUCAUCACACCUCUGCUCGACUACAUCCACUGUCAUUCAGUUUGAAAAGUCACUACUGCACCACAACACCGUCACAUUCAGACAUUUUCAGAUGCUGGUUUUGGUUUUCUAUUCCCGGAGAAUGUGACAAUUGCAUUUCGAUGCAAUUCCAUGUUUCUGUUGAUAUAAUCAGACCUGGGAAGUGGUGCGCUUCUCAUUUUAUGGGCUUUGACAUUUUUUAGAAAGAGACUGAGAAAAAUAAAUAAUUUAAGGUUUUAUAUGAUAGUGGCUGUUUUAUAAUGAAUUCAAAAUGUCUCAACUGAAUCACUAUCAUUAAACUGUGACCGCUUAACCUUUGGUUUCUUGCUUCAAGAUGACGUGCCGUUUCACAUAAAGCACUUAUGUUAAUAUUCUACCCUCAUAAUUAGACUUGUAAUAUUAGAGAAUAAUGCAUUCACAGCAAACAUUAAUAAAAGCUGGGAUUUGAUUGUAAGAAGCUUAUAAAAUCAAAAAUAUUUUUUUAAUUAUAUUUUAUUUAAAGAAAGGCCCAUUUGCAUUAUUUUCAUGACAAUUAAGUACAUUUCACUCCAAAUUCUCAUUACCAUUAAAAGAAAAAUUUACAAUAUAAAUAUUCCUGUCUGGAAACAGUUUUUUGAGGAAAAUCGGCUUCAAGGAAAAGUUCACCCAAAUAAGGAAUAUUCUCUCAUUUACUCACCCUCAUGCCAUCCCAGAUGUUAAUAAAUGUUUUUGUUCUGCUGAAGAAUAUCUCAGCUCUGUACGUCCAUACAAUGCAAGUGAAUGGUGAUCAAAACUUUGAAGCUCCAAAAAGCACAUAAAAGUAAUCUAUAAGGCUCCAGUGGUUUAAUCCACGUCUUUGAAGCGAUCCAAUCGGUUUUGGGUGAGAACAGACUUCUUGACAUCAGUCUCCCUGGCAAUCAUGAUAACACUUCCUAUAGCUCUGUGCAUGCGCCAAGCACUAGGAAGUGUAAUCAAACUUGAAAUCAUGAUCGUUUAUAGAGACUUCAAUGACAAGAUGUACAGUGAAAAGGGAAUUAUAUUUGAGUCUUUUCUCACCCAAAAUCGACUGGAUUGCUUCAGAAGACAUUGAUUUAACCACUGGAGUUUUAUGCUUCCUUUAUGUGCUUUUUGGAGCUUAAAAGGUCUGGUCACCAUUCACAGACCUACAGAGUUUAGAUAUUCGUCUAAAAAUCUUUGUGUUCAGCAGAAGUAAUACAUCUGGGAUGGCAUGAGGGUGAGUAAAUGAUGAGAAUAUUAAUUUAUGGGUGAACUAUCCCUUUAAGUUCAGAUCAGCACAUACAGUAAUUGUAAGAUGUAUACUUGCAAUUAUACUUAACCGUUUUAAUUUUCCACACUACGAUAGAACAUCUUAGAAACAAGAUUUUAACAUUAUAGUCAUCAGAAUUAAUUGCCAUGAAAAUAAUAAUGCAAACAAGCUUAAUUGUUUUUGUAUAAAAUAUAUUUUCUUUUGAUUUUGGGGCAAAGUAUGACCCAACCAUUUCUUGACAGUGUUUGUAAGAUUCACCUUUUCUCUUGCCUUUACAUUCAAGCAAGCGCUCAACUAUGUUUUGUGUCCCUCCAUUGUAGUGUUCAUUUUUACCACGUUGAAAACAACUUGGUUCAGACAGUUUGUACGCUAAAGUAAUGCGUUCUAUAAUUUUUUUGUAAUGCUCUUUACAAUUUGUGUUUGAGGGAUAUACAACUUUAAUAUUAAAAUGUUUGGCAUCUAAUGCCUCGUAACUUUUGUUAAUAACUCCGUUUUAUCAUAUAUUCCCAGAGAUAUUUGGUCUUGUGUGGUGCAAGCUAUUCAAGUAUUAGUGGCCUUUAUAGUUACACCAGGACAAAUUAUGUCUCAAUAAAGGCCAUGUAGUCCAAUUGGACAAUUGUAUUCGGCUGAACAUGCUAAAUGUUUGGAUUUAUUGCGUUUCCUUGUCUGAAUAUUUCUAUUUGAUGAUUUCUGAUUUAUUAAAGAGCAUAUGUUUUAUCUCCGACUGUAGUGUAUCCGAUAUAAUAUGCAAAUGAGAAAACUAUAUAAAUACAUACUAAGGCAGUUAUUUAAAGGCAUGCCCAGCAGCAGUACACUACUGUUUGAGUUUGUGAUCAAAUGUGUGGUAAGGGUCUGAAUUGCUUUAUUUGAAAUACCUUUUGUAAAUAAAUCACAGGCUUAUAAACCUGAUAAGAAAUGGGAGUACAUUAAUGGUGUCCUUUAGCUCUAUUGACAAAUAAAAGCAUGUUGAUAGCUAUAACCCUGAAAGCACAUGCUAAACAGUUGCUAGAAAAUGCAUUUUUUUUCUACAUUAACUGUACAACUGACAUUGGCAGUAGCAGACAAGUGUUCUUAGUUGCCUAAAUGUAAUUUGAAAAACUGUUUUUGACCAUGCAAUGUGUUUAUAGUUCAGAAUGUUCUCCAUAAAGUCCUUUAAGUUCCUCUCACUUGUCUCUGUACAGAUGAAGCAUAAUGCCAAAUACAAAACAUGGAUGUUGUAUAAAUCUGUUUAUAUAGUUUCCUGGUUGAUUUAUGUAAAUAAAUGUAUUUUUCC